AUGGACCUGCAGAACGGCACACAGCCCCUGGACGUGGAGGCUCUUAGUAGGGCCAUCCACUACGGCACCAUCUUCCUUCAGAGCCGUGUUGAGAUUUCCUUUGCUGUGAUUGUGAUACUUUCCUGGCUUUUCUGGGUCACUAUGAGUAUCUGCAAGGGAAACCGGCGAGGAGGGCUGGAGCUCACAAGGCUCCUGCAAAUGGUUGGCAAUCUUGAGGCAAAGCUGGAUCAGAUCCCGAGUGCUUCUCUUCCCGGAUCUUCACAGGGAGACAACGCAUCCCUGGAAGUAGCUCUGCAGUGUGUAGAUGCCAAGAUCAUGGAAGUCCAGAAGGAAUGCUCGCAACUACGGCAAUACUUCCAAGGAAUCCAAGAAGAUGAAACUCUUGGAAAGAUUCUGGAGAGCUCACGCUCUGCAUCCUCUUCGAGCAAUGAGGCAAAGAGCAUGUUCGAGGAGUGGCAGAAACAGGUCCCUCCCAAAAUCAAGGAGAUCCACGGCUUCACGAGUGGGCUGGGACAACUGAGCCGAGCAGUGCAGGUGAUGGGAGUGGACACCCAGAAGCAGUUCGCCCUUCAUGAGACGCUGCUGGAUGGGUUGCUCAAACAAGGACGCGAGUCCUUGCAUCACAUCCAAGGCGAGGAGAGGGCCCAGAGCGACAAGCUCGGCAAGCUCGACAUCACCGCGGACGAGCUCAAAGCGAUCACGGAAGUCUGCCAACAGAUACAGGAGGCCCACACCAUGAUGCAUGAGCAGAUUGGCCUCAUCCUGGAGAGGACUCCGAAGCUCCCUAAGAGAACGCCGCCUCCGCCGCAAGCGGAAACACCACCAGUACAACCAGUACCAACGCCUACACAGGCCCCGGCACCCUCGGCGCCUCCGGUGACACAGGUGAUAGACCCGCCAGGGCAGCCGAUUCGCCUGUCAGAUCACCUGCAGCCGCUGGUUCGAUCGGGUCAUGGCCAAGGCCCUAUCUACAUGGUACAAGGCGAUCCGCUCUCGGGAUACUCAACACAGGAGCUUCUGAGAGCAUUGCUUGCCCGACCAAACUAG